AUGGAUUUAAAAGAAGACAAUAUAAAAUACAAAGUGUUCUUUUUUAUGUUUGUGCUUUUCUCAAAUCUAUGUGAUAUUGCGGUUGAUUGGUUAUUUUAUGUGGAUUUAAAGGAACUAGAGAAAGGUUUGGUGUUCGGACCAGUCGAUUCCUCGCUCCUGUACGCCGUUGUCGCAUUUGCAAUCUUAUCAACGUUCUUGAAUAUUAUUGAAAUUAGUAUUAAAGGCUUACAGCUGUGGAAUAGUGACUUUGGUAGAGGUAUUAAUGACAUGUUGAGUUUGAUUGUAAUUUUCCUGGGAGAAAUGCCUCUAGUUAUAAUGAAUAUUAUCACUGCAGGUUGUCGAGAAGAGUCUCUGAGUAUAUUUCAACUUGCUAAAGCGUGUGUUAUCCUGUCUGGAAAUUUAAUUCGGAUUGUAUUUUUCUUUGUCACAAAUUGCAAGCAUUGCAUACAAAAGCUUGUAAAUAGGAAAUUAUUUUGUUUAUGUUUGAUAGGAUUGAUUUUAAAUUGCCUUGGAUCCAUUUCUAUUUUUAUUUUAACCCAAACACGACCGAGCUCAACACUUCUUCCACAAUUAGAAACACCCACAAAACUGUUUGCAGAAAUUGAAGAAAACCAAAAGUAUUUCGGAGGAGUUAGUAUAUAUUUUCAACAUAGCGUUUUUCAAGAUUUAGCUCCAAAUCGAGACAAUUUUAUCCGACUCGUAAGAAUAGACGACAUCAGAAAUAAAUACAAAAAGAAGAUUUUCAUUAAUUUUCAAUUUAAAGAUUCAAAACAACAACUUCAGAUGGUUCUUAGUCGAAGAGUUGAACUUGGAACAUGGGAAACUCCAGAACGUUUCGCGUUGAACAAAACGUCAAAAAUCAUUCAUGUUGUAAAUGGAAAAUCCCAAUUCAACUCUUAUGAUCAGUCUCUUACUUUUGCUUUUGAUUUUAUUCCACCAGAGGGGCUAUUUCUGAAGCAAUAUGUGUUUGGAGAAAUUGAAUAUAACGUAAUGGUAGCAGAUGGCCAAUCUUGUUCCAGAGUUUCAGUUCCAUUGUUCUACUUUCGUUCUGAAAUGAGUGAAAAAUCACACCUUGUAACAGAAAUGAACAAGACCCCACGGUUUUAUACCAAUGGUGACCUGACUGAUAUAUCUAAAGUAUGGAAAACUGGAUGGAUGGAGUGUGAUAGUACGGGAUCUUUAAAUCCCUCUUUAAACAGAACUUUGGACACUCCUUGUGUGAAUUGGACUCAUUAA